UUGGUCGAUUAUUACGUACUAUGACACCGUAGUGUGCACACCACAAUAGGUAUCAUCGGCGUGAUAACGAUAAUAGAAUCUUAUCACUACACUUCAAGUGUAAGCCAAAUGCGCAUGUGUUUGUGUGACAAUGCGCGCGUUAAAUUUUCUGACGUUUAUUUUUUUUAUUUUAAACGCAAGAGGCCAAGACACGCCUGUAGAAUUUCGGCUAAUAAAACUGUGUGACCAUUGUGCAUGUAGUGAAAUACCGGACAUAGUAGAUGGAACCCACUUGGUACUAAACAUACAGUGUUCCGAGUUGGAUAAGAUUGAUGAUCUUGCGGAUUUGGAUAAAAUCCAGUGGCCGGACAAUCCAAAUGGACUUAAAAUAUCCGCUGCGUUUGAAGGACUUGGUCUGACAACACUUGGCAAACUGCCACCAAAUUCUCAACUGGAAAUGUUACGAUUCACAAACAACGCUUUAAAAACAUAUUGGCCGGAUCCCUUCAGCGAUGUUCCUAAUAUAAAGAUUCUCUCGUUUUCACAGAACGAGCUAACAGAAGUUACCCCAGAUCUCUUCACGAACAUCAAUACUGUACAAGACUUGGAUAUAUCCUACAACAAGUUGGUUACUAUAAACGCGUUUGACUUCAAACAUCUACAGUAUUUAAAACGGCUAAAUCUACAAAGCAAUUUGCUAAAAAGGUUUCCGGUAGAAGCUUUGUCGCCGAUGAAGAGUUUGGAGGACUUGGAUCUGAGUAAAAAUGGGAUUCAGGAUGUGUUGCUGAGGAGGACCAAAGUUGAGGUUAUUUCGAGUUUGAAAAGACUGAGUUUGAGUGGAAACAGGUUAAGGUCAAUAGUGAAAGAUUCAUUUCCAGAAAACAAUAGCAUAGAAUUCCUAGACUUAUCAAAUAACAUCAUAGAAGUUGUUGAAGAGGAAGCAUUCCAGACAUGCGUAAGUCUAAAGGAAUUGAACCUUGCACAGAACAACAUAACGUUUACAUUCGCACUUCCACCGACGCUGCAGAUUGCCAUGCUACGGAUCAACACAUUGUACCACUGGCCAAGGUUCCCUAGCGGUAUCACUUACAUCGAUUUGUCUUAUAAUCGGCUAUCGGCGCUGUACGACGAAAAUAACGCAGAAUUUGAUAACUUGGAGGUCUUAAACAUCGGAGGAAACCAAUUAAAAGAGUUUGAUUUAGAAAAAAAAUUGCCACGACUUUUCACCCUGGAUAUAUCUUAUAACUUAUUGCCCGAAGUACCUGAGUGUAUCAGCAGCCAAAUAGUUCCAAAUUUAGAAGAGUUACGCCUAGAUGGCAACCCAAUAAGAGGCAUAUAUUUUAAGAACAUAGUUGCUCUACGGAAUCUGUAUAUGAAUGAUCUGCACAAAUUGUCUUUAGUAGAAGACAAGUCGUUUAGCAAUGUGGUUGGCAGGUUGGGAGAAGAUGUAGUAUUAGGGAGAAGUUGCUUUUCCUUGUACCUGUCGAACUGUGUCUCGUUGAGCCAGAUUGAUGAAGGAGCUUUUGACGGAACUGAUCUAUGCAUGGUGGACCUCAGCAAGAAUAACCUGACUCGUCUGUCGCGCACGCUGCUGGACUGGUCAUCUCUCACGGAAGGCGCCAACCUUCAGUACAACCCGUGGCAUUGUUCGUGUGAGAUGCAGUGGGUGCUGGAUGAUCUUUUGCCGCUCCUGUAUCGGAUCAACUCUAUUUUUCUGAGUGAAUUCAGGUGUGGUUCCCCGCGUGCAUACUCCGGCUUGCGCCUAGUACAUUGGUACAACUGGACCGAGCAGGCGAUGUGUAGCGAUGUAUACAUGAACAGCGGCAACUAUAUGAUUGAAUCUUCAACAAAAUCGCCGGAAGUAAGCUCCGUUACUCUAAUCUUGGCGGGCGCCAUUAUCGUUUCGUUGCUGAUCGCCAUUGCUCUCGUGGUCUACCUGGUGAAGAGUAGACGCCGCCACAGGAUACGACAGGCGGCGUUGAAUCGUAAACGACAAAGCACGGUGGAUGUGCGUGAAACUAAUGGACACGAGCAAUUCGCGGCGUUAAAUAAGGCGUGAAUCUCUCAUACGACUUCAGAGAAGCGUGCUUAAGUCCAGGGUGCGCUUGUUACGUUGUUUUUCUACUCGCUCCAAUGUUCGGAAUGACAACGGUCGUCUCGAGUCGUAUUGUCAUAUUAUAAGUUACAGCGUCAAUGUCAAAUGUUUGAUAAAAGCUGCUCCCUUGGUAGUUUUCCAAUUACACUAAAGCGCAUCUUCUUUAGUAUGUAGUACAUAUUAUUACCUCAAUGGUCUAUUAAGGUACCUUUGUAAUUCGUGCCAUUUGUAUAAUUGCUCUUGUCCAAAGGUUGUUAAGAACCUAUAAUAUUAAUCUAUUGCUAUGACAGUAGUUCCGACCGUAGUUUGAGUCGAUCGUAGUCAAAAUCUGAAAAUAAUACAUCCCUAGUUUUUAAUUACCAAUAAAAAAAGAUAAUACGUGUCGGGCGGGGAAGAGCGCUGGCGAGGAAAUAGAACGAGAGAUCAUGUUUUUAUAACGAUUUAUGAAUCAAAUUUUGAAUUGUAUCAGUUAAUGUUUUGUUGUUUUUCUUAAUUUUAAAAUUACCUACCUACCCAGGUAUACUAUACUAAAAAAGGCCAAGUGUGUCUUUACGUUUAAAUAACGUUUAUACCUCAAUUAAAAGUUCGUCUGAACUAGAUCUGGGUGCUAGUCAACUACACUGGCCUGCAAAAGUUCAAUCGGGUUGAUAUCAGGACUUCUUGAUGGCCAAGCCAUCACGCUGAUACCGACCUCCUAAAUAUACUCUUGUACGAUAUGAGCCGUGUGUGGCCGGGCAUUAUCAUGCAUCAGCAUCGAUCCAUCACCCAUAUUUGCUAAAUACGGCCCUGCAUACUCGUUGAGAAUCUCUUGAGCAUAUCUUUGCCCAGUGAGGGUGCCAUUUUCUAUGGCUACUAGCUCUGUGCGACCUUCUGAAGAUAUGCCAGCCCAUACAUGUACACUGCCUCCACCGUAUUGGACUCUUUCUGAGAUGCAGGCUUGAAGGUAUCGCUCACCAGGUCGCCUGUAAACACUUCGCCUUCCAUCAGAAGUGUAAAGGGAGAAUCGACUCAUCUGCACACAAAAUUCUUGACCAUUCUUCUUCAUCCCACUGCAUGUGUUCACGGGCGUAUCGCAGUCUCGCUACUCGAUGCUGUCUCUCGAGUUUUGGGCCUCUCGCUUCUCUUCGGGGUUUCAAAUUUGCUUCAGCAAGUCUUCUUCUCACUGUACUGUCACUAAUGUAGUCCCUCCGGGUCUGAAGUAGCUGUUGCUGGACUUCAACUGCAUUUUGGUGGCGAUUUCUUAACACAGUGGAAAUUAUAUAACGAUCUUCUCGGGCACUGGUACAUCUGGGUCUGCCAUUACAAGGUCUCCACAGAUGGUGCCCAGUCUCUUCGUACGUUCGCUUUACCUUCAGGACCGUUCGUACCGUCACACCCACCAUUCUUGCAGUGCGACGCAUACUGAUGCCUAGUUCCAGAAAAGCCAUGAUCCUAGCACAUUCUUCAACUUAAAGAGGCAUGAUAAAUAAAUGUUAUGUGCUUUUUAGCAUAAAUUUUUAAAACAAGACUCAUCGAUCUUGAAAAAAUUUAAAACAGAAAGAAAAAUGUGAAUGGUAAAAUUGUAAUUCGGAAACGUCCACUUUGAAAAAGGAAUGGUUUUUUUUGAAGUUUUUUUUCAGCCAAUUAUUAAAAGAAAGUUACCGACUAUAAAGUUUUUAUGUACAAAAUUAAAUUCUCUUUGGAGUCCUUUUUAUUUCGGAAGUAUAUCUUGUGAACUUAAAACGUUAUCCCAAUUUUAAAAUUAUGAUACUUACUUUUGAAGGCCAGUGUAAUAUGAAAUAAGUUUUCAUUUUGAAGUGUUUAGCUGAAACUUGAUCAUUAAAGUAUAGAUGCUAAUAUAUAAUUUGAUAUAAUAAAUCUGUCGCAGCCACCUGGUGUAUUGUAACUAAAUUAUAUUUGUAAAUUAGCCCAGAACACUCUCGACCAUAUUAAACCUAAUAAUUAUGUCAGCUUCAAGCAUUGGUAAGCUUCAAAAACUGAGACCGUAACGUGGGGCCUUUUCUCCCUGCGAAACACUUCUGGCUUAGCUUUGUACCUUCCUAAGGUAUAAUAUAAUGUUUACGUUUAAUGUACUAUAGCAGUUCAUAUUUUACGGGCGUCGAUAAAAAGCUAACGGACGAAAGAGAUAGUGUCUCGAGGUGAGUGAAAGAGAAGGGAGUUGUUUCGCAGAAACUUUCAUUCGCCGAAAACAAAACGAAGACUGUUAUUAUACAUGUUGUAAAAAAAUCCUGUACUAUAACUAUAAUAUAAUAACUUAAGGCGUAUAUUGGUAUCAAAAAGUGAGUACAUAAUAUAAAUCGAUUUUCAGGAAAUAAACACAUUAAAAAAGGGGGGAAAUGAGUAAUAUAAAUUAUACAGACAGAGGUGACCCAAUUAUAAAAAUUUGGUCACCUCUGUCUGCGGCCGUUAUCAUUUUUCCCCGCCCACACACCCAUUUCAUUUAUGUCACCUGCGAAGACCGCGCGGGCGGAGGGUGGAAGGUUAAGAAACAACGAAAAUUUAGUAUUAUUAAAUACUUAACUCAAUAUUAUAUCCACUUGCUCAGCGUCUCUCAACCGCACGUUCUGCUCGAUGUGAUCGACACGACGUUUCACGACGUUGUUGUAACCGUCGUAUCAGUCUUAUUCGUAUGAAAUACUAUAACGAUCCGGGCUCUCAUUUCCUCCUUAGCUUCACAAAUUUUCGGAACACGUAUUCUUUCACGUGUCUCCAAAGGUAAAAGUCGAGCGGCGUGAGGUCGAGAGACCGUGGCGGCCAAGCGACGCCACUUCGCCUGAUCCCUGGAAUGCUGUACUUUUCUUGGAGAUAUUCUGCACGGCGCCCAAAAAAUGUCGUGGAGCCCUGUCAUGUUGCGUGGACGCUGCCCGAACUGUAGUGUCGUAUGUGCAGAUGCAAUAAUUGUAAUUUCCGCGAUUGGCGGCAUCGAUCAAAGAACAGCGGCAUACAACGGUGCUUUAUUCGUUUGACAUGCCGCUCAGCUAAUGCUAGCUCUUCGCGAUUGGACCGAGUUUAGGGCGAUGACCUUUGUUUACUAGUACAAUAAAUAAGGUUCUCAAGAUUUUGACUUUGAAACCAUUUUAUAUGAAAUGUUCUUUUUAUUAUAGCAUUUCAUCAAAGGGGUUUUGAUUUUAUUAAUAGUGGUGCCUCCGCAUUCUAGUUCAUAUCCGUGUCAAUUAUCGUAUAGGGCUUUUUUUAACAAAGUGUAUUUAUGAAAGCGAAACAAGAAAAUAGAAAGCUAAGUUGUACAGUUUUAUUUAUUGAUAAUAAAUAAUUUUAUAUAAA